AUGGACAAUGAGUCUCCGAACCCAGAAGCCCAAAGAUUUUAUGACAUGCUAGCCUUUGCGAACCAACCAAUAUACGAAGAAGCAACUGAAUCCAAAUUAUCAAUUGCUUCCACUACUAUUCUUCCACCUCACACUCCCAUAAUUGAUCCCACCCCUAUUCCAUCAUCCUAUGCCACCCAACCUCCACUAGUUCAACCUCCUCCUCCCCCCCAUACUCCCCCCCGUAUUCCAUCAUCCUAUGCCACCCAACCUCCACUACUUCAACCUACUCCUCCACCCCAUACUCCCAUAGUUCAGGGCACCCCUACUCCAUCAUCUUAUGCCACCCAACCCCCACUAGUUCAUCUUGCCGAUAUUCCUCGAGCAGAGGAUCCUCAUAAUGUUGAGGGAGAUGAGGAUAUAGAGGUGGAGGCUCAUAUAAGGAAAGAGAACAUCCAAAUUGAGGAGAUAGUGGAAUGUGAUAGUGAUGGUAGAGUCAUCAUCCGACCUAUGGCAAAUGGAUGGAUCCCUAAUACUCACCCUAUUGCGGCAAUUGGUCAUGCAAUUAAGUCACAAUUUAGGGGUCCUUAUCAUUGUUAUGAUGUUGUUCCAGAGGAUGUGCAAGUCAAAUGGUGGACAGAAUUCACGGCAAGAAUUACUUGGGCACCACAUCACGAAUGGGAGAUUAGAAAGGUGUAUGCAAAGAAAGUCAAAAAACGCCUUCGUGAUAUGCUUACCAAAGCAAGGUGUAAAGGGGUUAGGCCACAUUGGAUAGGAGAACAAGCUUGGGAUGAUCUUCUUAAGUAUUGGGACAGCAACAAAUUCAAAGAAAAAUCUACCCGAAAUAAAAAUAAUCGGGCUUCUACUAGAGGUGGAGCAUUGCACACAACGGGACGUAAGUCUCAUCUUGAGGUUGCGCUAGGCCUAGAGCGUAAAUAUGGUCGACCUCUAGAUCCGGAUGAGCUAUUUGUGGCCACUCACACAAAGAAAACUGGUAGCUGGGUUGAUGACCGUGCUCGUGAUACAUAUGAAAAAUAUCACGAGCGGUUGAGAGUGAUUCAGUUGGAGGGUGCUGAGGGGUCCAACAGUCAAUUACCUGUAAAUGGGGUGAAAAAGAUUCAGUGUUGGAAGGAAGCAGCAGGAGGCAAGAGUAGGGGUCGAUGUUAUGGCACGGGAGAUCUAGCUUCUAACAUACGUCAGGGCGUGUCCUCUCUUACACAGGUCUCUUUAUUUGUUCAGGCUACUAGUCAUACACAUCACCAUUCUGCUGAGACAGAGGCAUUACGCCAAGAGGUUCAACAUGCAACUGAGCGAGCUGAUGCAGCAACUGCACGAGCUGAUGCAGCGACUGCACGAGCUGAUGCUGUAAAUGAGAAGUAUGCAAAGUUAGAGGAGCAAAUGAAAUUGAAGGUCAUUAGAUUAGGUUUUAAGGAGGAAUUAUUAAACGUUGAGAAUUAG